AUGCCAUCGAUGUUCACAACAGCAUUUUCUAACUCCUCAGUACCUCCUGUGCUUUACCACAACCUGAAAGUCAAUUCCUCUGAACAGCCGGGUCCCUGGUUCAAUGGUAGCUCUAUGCCAUCCAUCAGUUCUGCAGGCCUAGGGAUGUCUUGUUUCACCAUGAUAUUUGGUACCAUCUCCAACCUCUCUGCGCUGGGGAUCCUGGCUAAUUCUCGCAUCCGAUUACACCCUCGAUCCAAAGCACCAUUCUUGCUAUUAACAGUGGCUUUACUGAUGGCCGACCUAGGAAGUCAUGUGAUCCCAGGUUCCUUUGCUUUGUAUUUGCACAUGCAGACUAAUGUGCCUGGCAGGACAUUUUGUCAGAUCUUUGGUGCCAGUAUGGUGUUUUUUGGCUUAUGUCCUUUGUUCAUAGGCUGUGCGAUGGCAGUCGAGCGCUGCGUGGCCAUCACUCAGCCCUUUUUCCAUGCUGCUAUGAUAACAAUGGCUCAUGUGAUGCGAGUUGUGUUACUUUUGUCUUUUGUGGCAUUUUUGCUGGCAGUUCUACCUUUUUUUGCAGUGGGUACUUACACUUUACAGUUUCCCGGCACAUGGUGUUUCUUGCCCAUCAAUGAGUCACACUCUAUAGCUGACACCAACCUGAUUCUGGCCUUUUCAUGUCUGGGGCUCACUGCACUCAGUCUUUCCCUGUUCUGCAACAUCUUUAGUGGUCUGGCAUUGUUGUUGGCUAGAAUUAGGCCUCACCCUCGCAAGAAAAAAUCAGCAGCUCGAUCUUCCCAACGUGCAUCAUCUGCCUUGUCUUCCUCUCUGUUCUGCUCCCUGGAUAUGGAGAUGAUGGUGCAGCUGGCGGUCAUUACGGUGGUUUCCUCUGUGUGCUGGGGCCCUUUCCUUAUUCACAUUCUUGUGAUGCAGUUCAACCAAAUGCCCUCCACUAAUGAAGAAGAUGAGUUUACUCUUCUGGCCCUACGUAUGGCAGCUUGGAAUCAGACUUUGGACCCUUGGGUUUACAUCCUAUUGAGGAGAGCAGUGCUUUUCAGAAUGUGUGUGUCCACCAACAGAAACCCAAUCUAACAACAAAAGCCACUUUCCAAGAAAGCCUUGACUUUGCAAUUGCUUUUGAACUUUG